AUGGCCUCGCGCAGCCUGGUUUUCCUGCUGGACUCGCGGGGGGACGGCGCGGGCCCGGGCCUGGGCCUGGCCGCCCGCAGGAGCUGUCUCCGCCUCCUCACUCGCGCCGCCUGUGGCUUCGGCUUCCAGCGGGUCCGCUGGGGCUUCAGGCUGUUCCCCUCGGGGCCGGGCGGCUCCCGGGGCCCGGGCCUAGGCCGCGACUUCAGGGAGCUGCGGCCGAGUGACCUGCGGGGGCUGGAGGAGGCUCUGGGCCGCCAGGCGGAGGCCCGAGCCGCGGGGCCCAGCGGGGCGGCCGCCAUCCAGGCGGCGCUGAGGGAAGCGCUGUCUGACUACCAGUGGGACCGGCCGGACCUGACCUCUCCCGCCAAGCGGGGCCGCGGGCGGCGGCGGGCGGCCGAGGAGGACGGGCAGCCCCGCGACUGCAAGGCGCUGUUCCUGUGCGCUCGCUGCCCGCACUCCAGGGCCGAGCUGCUCCGCUUCCUGGGCCCCGGACACUCGGAGCAGCCGCUGGCCGACAGCCUGCUGCCCCCCGGGCUCCGAGCCCUGCUCACCGGCCGCGGCAUCGGCCUACACUGGCUCGACACCUCGCCGCCACCACAGUUCACUGGAGCUCCAGAUCACAUUGGCUACAGGAUGAUUUCUGAGGUGCUGCAGUUGGUUGGUGGGAAUUUAAUUCCAUUUGCUGCUUUGCUGCAGCUCUCGUAUGUUCCGGAGUGUGAAAGACUUCUGGAGGAUCCUGGCUUCGGCAAACCAACUGUCCAGCAGGAGGAGGGUGCUGAGGAUAAAGUGAGAGACAGGAAGGAAUAUAUGGAGCAGAGGAGAGCGUUUGAUGCUGUGUUUCCAUUUGAUUGUAGCAUGAAUUAUUUCAUGAGUGAUGAGCGUUUGUACCGCUCCACAUUCCCUGUUCAAGAAGGAUUGCUUACAAUCACACAAGGAGACCAGAAGGAGAGCUGCAGUGUCACCUUAGAGCCUGUCUCCUCCAGUCAGAAGUACCUGCCAGGGCCAGUGAAUAUUGCAAUCAGAGGAGCUGUGAAGGAUUGGGAUCCACCAAAGGCUAAUCUGCUGUCUACACACUCCUGGAUCUUACAGUGGCCUGAGUCAAGGCAAACUGCUGAGAGCAGCUUACUUCAACAGCUUUUACAGAAAAUAACACAUAAUAGGAUCUAUUUGGUUACUGAUGUGGCACUGGGUGAUGGUCUGCCUCUGGGCACUGGGAUUCUGUCUCCCCUGCUUGGAGGUGCAACGUUGCUCACACUGAUCUGCUCCCAGCUAGCGGUGGAGUUUGAGGAGUGCUUUUCCCAGACAAAGGUUACUGAGAGUGUGCAAGGUGUGACCUCUGAGCUCUUAGGGGCUGUGGAGAGAGCGAUAAACUUUCUUUCAGAGGUGCUCGAGGACACUUAUGAGUCCAGUGAAGUGCUAUCUGCUUGUGAAGGUGUUGCUGUCCCACACUGGGUGCGGCAGGAGCUGGCUCAGGGCCCCCGGCACGGCGCUUGCUUUGCGGAAUCCUGGUUCCCACUGUCUGAGCUGUCAGGAGCAAGCUCUGUUUUCAUCGAGUCAUUCAGAUCAACGCUGACCACAGACGAGGCAGAGAACACAGAGCAGGAGCUGGCUCUCACCUCUCACUUAGCGGAAAUGUACCAAAGACAAGCGGCUGAAGAGGCGGGAGCGGCAACUGAGUACGGAAGGAAAAAAACUGGCAUCCCUCGCACACCUCUCAGGCAGAAGAUGAAGUCUAUGAGCCGCUCGCUGCAGAUGUUAAACGUGGCCAGACUGAACGUAAAGGCACAGAAGUGCCAGCCGGAGGCGACCCCGCUUCCUGUCACCGAGCCAGCCAGGCACCAGGCCAAGAGGCGUCUGGAGGAUAAGCGGGAAAUAAAGAGGAGAGUAAAGAAGAGAACAAUAGAUUUUAAAAAUGAUGAGGAGUUGAUGUCCAGUUUGGAAGAAAAUUACCAGAAACAUGUAGUGGAGGAAGAGCUGUCACAGUUAAGCUUUGUUCAGAACACAGUCACUAUCGUUCAUACGUACCUCCAGUCUGGCAGUGCUGAACAGUUUGAGGCCAAGUGUAUAAAUCUGAUUCAGACACAUUUGCUGAAGACGAGUAAAUCCAUCCGGCAGCAGUAUGGGAACCAGGAAAAUAAGGACACAAAAGUCAGAGACUGUCAACUCCAAGUGUUGCUGCGGUUAGAGAUGUGCCAGCAAUGCCCGUCACUGCAGAGCUCAGCUGGGGAUCUGGUGGAAGAGAUGACCAAUCUGCUGCGGAUCAUCUCUCUGACCAAAGACACCACAUUCCUCGCAAAGUUUUUGGAGGAAGAUAUCUUAAGCACGUAUUUGCUUGUUCUGCCGCAGAUAUUGGGAGAGCUGUAUUAUGGGAUGGGGCAGUCGGUCCCCGCGUGCUUAGCCUCCGUGCUUCCCGCAGAUUUCUUCAGUGACGAGUCCAUGUCCCAGGAAUCGGAGUCCCCCAGUAACUUGCUGAUGUCCUCCCUCCCUCUGGACACGGCCUGUACAGACGCCCCAGACACACAGCUGGACGAGCUGCGGACCCGGUCUUCCCGCAAAAGAAGGAGCAUCCCUCUCACCAGGCAUCGGAGCAUAUCAGAGGUCUCGCAUAAUUUGCGGCAAAUUCAGAUGCCGAAGAAACCUCUGAGACUGGAGAGUUUGCAGUCUCGCACUUUUGUGGUUGAGCAGCCACUGCCGCCCCCUCCAGUUCCGAACGAAACUCAAGAGGUAACGAAAGUCAGAAGAAAUCUGUUUAAUCAGGAAAUGCUGUCCCCACGGAAAAAAUCCAAGAUGCGGAGAACACAAUCUGUGUCAGCGGUGGAGGGAAGGAAUCAUCAGCACAGGAAGGAGAAAGCUAGUAACGUUCAUCGUAAGUUACUGACAAAGAAGGUGUGUGAAACACCUCUCCACAAACAAGUGUCGCAUCGGCUCCUGCACAGGCAGAUACGAGGGAGGUGUUCUGAGUCGGGCUCUGAUAUCAGUGUAGUGGAGGAAUCACCGGAAAAAUCUCUGUCUACUGAACCCAUCCUGCGGAGGAGCCCACGCUUCCAAAAGGCGUCUCUCACAAAGAGACAUUCCAUUUCCUUCUAUGGCGGGUCACAGCCGACUCCUCACUCGGGAGCAGAAUCGCGCACACAGGGUGCCGAGGAGCCGGGUGGCCGAACACUCCGCUCCCCACGCCCGCUCUUUGACUCUGACCUUGUGCCUCCACCGGGGAGGCAGAGGCUGUGGAGAAGCUGCUCAGGCUCCGAUUCAUGUCAGCCUGCGAAAACACUGAAACAGCUGAGAUCUCCACCAAGGAGCAAAACUCCUCAAAAAUCCCCUCGCGCCCUUCACAAUUCACCUUUAACUCCAGGCAAGAGUGUGAAAGCCUCAAAGAGCCCAAUGGUAGGAAAGGUUCCAGUCCGACGACUAGAUAAACGGACCUCAUCUUGGGAAACGGGAAGUGAUUGCCAAUUUCAGGCUCCUCAACGAAGAGAGCACAUAAAUACAGCGGCAGCUCCUAACCGAAAGAAUUCAGUAUUGCAACUUGGGAUCUGCUCCCCGUCUAGCGCUGGGGGAAACGAGCACGUCAGUCUGGCAUCUCCUCACAAGGUCCAUUUCCUGCCCAGGCGCAGCCUGCGCCUUGCCUCUCCGUGCAGAGACAGCUCUGCUGUAGAUAUCUCUGCUGUGUCUUCAGAGACACUGAAUUUUGCUUCCCCUGUAAAAACACAGAGGAAAGGCAGAUUUGUGCUCAGUAGUCCAGCGCCCAAAUCAAAAGAGAUACCCAGCUCUGUCUCAAUGGACAGUUCAUUGAGUAUCAGUCCAGCAAUGCUUUCUACAUCAGUUAAAGCGGGCCAAUGGAAAUCCAAAUUGCAAGUGUCUUCAACACCUCACAUGCCAGCUAACAGUUUCACAUCUCCACAAAAAAGACCCUGUACUCCCAGAACAUUGCAGAGCAGCCCCGAGGAGCUUGGAGUUUCACCAGAACGGAAGGAGAUGCUUCAAAUAUCGCAUGGUGUUCACGUGAAGAGCCUCUGGAACAUCAGUCCUCCAUCACUUAGGAAACUCCAGGUCAGAACAAGAUCCAUGCUCAUGAAAACCUCGUGUAAAGCUAAUGCAGAAUCUCCAAAGCAGGUCAACCCACCCCAAACUAGAUCUUCAUCUCGCAUUACCCCGUCAGAGGCUGCUAUAAAGACACCAUCUAAAUUUAAUACAACUCCAUCUCAGAGCUCAGUGAGGACACUCUCUAUAUUUACUGUUACACCUUCAAAAGAUGCCCCUAGGCCACCGCGAUGCAUAACAACCCCUCCGCAGCUGAAAGCGCCAGUCAGGACCAGGUCUUGGUGUGAGGUGGCUUCAUCUUCUGAGGCUGAUGUGAGGACUUGGGACAGAGCCAGGCCAACAGCUCGGGCUCCGUUGAGGCCAAAAGUUAGAAUGUCGGGAAGUGAGAAGCUUGUCGUAUCUGUGCAAGCGCCAGUGACACCUGCAGCCUAUACAUCUUCCAGGUCAGAGCAAAGCUUAGUGACCUCGUUACACAGGAGAUGUGGGAAGUGUAAUGUACAGAGCUCUCAAGAGCCCUCUGCCACAAGUGAAGUGAAAGCCGAGGGAGCCAGUGGAAUUGUGAAAGACUCGUGUUUUGGGAACGUUGUACCGGGAGAAACGGCUGCAGAAAGUCUUCAUUGUGGUGAAACCAAGCCAACAGCUUGUAAACGUUGGCCAAAGGAGAUGAGUGGUCGCUCAAAGCAUCUGGGUAAGAGUUGCUUUCAUGCCGCUUCAGUCCUGGACACUUCCUACUCUGGGUUACUUUCUCAGACGGCAGUGGGUGACCUGAUGUCUGAUGUCAGUUUGGUAUCUGAGAGGUUGGAUUCCUCGUCCCUGGCCAGCACAACAGACUCUGGGGCUGCCAGCUCUCAGGCUGAAGAGAGCAGCGACAUCUUAGAUGCACAACUGGCGCUGGAUGAAUGCGCUGACUUGCAAAUCAGAUUUACUGAACUGCUCAACACAGACACUUCCGAUUCUGUGCCGUCUGCACAUCCGCACACACAUACCUCACCAACACCCUACGAGUUCCGCUGGACUCCAGACAGGAGGCAGAGACUGGCCGCAGCAAUGCAACGCACAUCCGAAGUCCCCAGGAAAAUCCAUCCUUCUCAAACCCCCAUGGCACAACAUUUGCUGCCGAUCCCUACGUAUAAGGUUGAGCUGGAGAUGCAGGACUCGGGGCUUCCUAAACUCCGCUUCAAGAGGACCAAUAGUGUGUGUGUCCCACAGGAGGAGAGCUCCGUCCCCAAAGACAGUGAGACUGGGUUCUGUGUGAGGAAGAGUGGCUGUCAGAGCCCCCCAGCUGAUGGCACUCCAGGGUGUGCCAAGCAUGCUGGCCAUAUAUCACCGUCAAUCUGUUUGCACUCUUCACACAGCACUCCAGCAAAGGCCACGCCAGGAAAAGGUGGCGUGCAAACCUUUAUCUGCCAGUCCUACACUCCCACCCGAUGCUCAUCCACCACAUCCUCCCCUUCACAAGCUGAGCCUGGCACUGUCCCGUGGACACCUUCACCCACGCAGAAAUCCAAACCUUCCCAGACACCAGAUGCCAUCAAGAAUUGGCCGCGAAAGAAGAAAGCUGCCCACACGCCAUGGAGUGGGGAUAAAGGAGAGUACAUUGCUUCUGAGAAUGACGUCGAGAGCCAUUCAGAGCAUUACAGCAACAAGACAAUGCCUUUGGAGGAGAUUGGCAUGGAAGGAGUGAGCAGGUUACCAGACCAGUCUCCAGGUGCAGAACGAGAGUGGAGGUCUCAGGAAGGUUCUUCACAGAGCUUUGGCCUUCGGUCUAGAAAGCGUGGGCGAUCAUCUCCUGGAGGAGAGCUGGACAGGCCAGCCAAAACACAGCGGGUAGACCUCACUGCCGUCUCCUCUAUGGACGUGGGGAGUGUGUUACAGGGAAAAGCCAAGGAGCACGGUGCCAACGCUCCCUUCCCCAAGCCGUUCCUGAGGCAGGGUUCAGGUGAAGAGGAGGAUUUCUUCCAUAGUCCAGCUGUAACACCACCUGCCGGCAAAGUGAGAACGGGGCUGUCUGUCUCCAGCCUGCUGGCACUGACUCAGUCUCCAAUGCUGUAUCAAGGAAGAACAUCUUCAGCCAAGAAAAGGUCCUGUGCACCAGAUGGCACAGGUGAAGAGUCUGAUCCUGAGAACUGUCCAGGGAGGAGACCAGCUCUGACGGACUGUGCUUCCCCUUUCACUGAAAUCUCUGCACGUCGUUGUAUCACCAAAACCUACUCUCGUAAGAAACUGCUCCACUGACCCUGAUCCAAGUGCACAGCCACAAUCACAGACACAUUGGGUUUAAUAGUGGGGGACAUAAAGACGCUGGUUUAAUGGGAGGAUUCGAGGGGAGGCAACCGAAAGGGUGGGUUUGUUAAGUCAGGUGCUUUUGUGAUGUUUGCAUUCAAUAGAAGUGGCCACGUCAAACCGCAUGAUGCUUGAUUCCAGGGAUCUCAAUGCUGCGAAACAGCGUGCCUCAUCUCACAAAAUAACCCUGGACAAUGACAUUUCGAACUAAUGGAGCCAAAUGCAAAUGUUGCACUGCACUGAAUGAUGUUUACAUGCAUUAAGGAUCAAGUUCUGUUACUAUUUAAAGUUUGUUUAUUGUGGAUGUGCUUUCAUUGCUGACCCUUUUUUCCACUUACCUCUCCCUCCAUCUUAAAUCUUCAUUGUGAUCCUUUUGUAUAUUACAAGUAGACAGGUAACUAGUUUUAGAUGUUAGGAAUGACCUUAUUGGGGGGUAAGAAAAUAGUUUCCUGAACCAAUGUUAUCCACAAUAUUUAAAUUUUUUUUUUAAAGUCUAAGGUUCUGAACGAGGGUCUCUGGUUCACUGUUGCCAUUUAUCACUAGUUUCGUGUUUUGCUUAAAAUUUUGGACUUUAUUUAUUUCAAUUAGGAAAAGCUGUGGGAUUUGGAAGUGGCUGUCGAGUCUGAGAUAGCACAAUCACAGACACAUAGCUAUCCACACAACAUAGCUUCAGAAACUGGGGAUUUAGAACUCGAGUGCUUAACUAACCCAUUAGGUUAUGUACUUUUGGAGCACAGGCAGUGUUGACCUUUUCAUUGAUUCUGGUUUUUCAGAUUUCUAGUGUGUAAAGUGCAUCACAGGAAGCUGUACCCUGACUGCUUUUAUCUGUUUUUAGACUCUUCCCAGUGUGUGUGGCAAACAAUGCAGCCUGGUGUAAUGAAGUUCUACUACUUAGAACAGACCUGUGUAAUGAUUUGCCUUUACUUCGUGUUGUACAGCAAAUUGUGUAUAAACAGAUUUAAUAAAAAUGUGUUUGUAGGGAGACAGAAUAGGUGUAAAUGCUAUUUAAUGUUCUUAAAAUGAAAAUUGUUGGGAUUUUACCAUUAUUUAGUACAAUAAUAAACAGAAGAACCUAA